AUGAGCCAUUUGCAGAACUUACUGUUAGAUACCCUCCUGGGAACAAAGCAUGUGGACAGUGCAGCCCUCAUCAAACUCCAAGAACGAAGCUUGUGUGUAGCAUCACCAGGAUUUAGUAUAAUGCCUGGUGAUGUCCGAACACUUGUGAAUGGAUUCGCCAAGAACCCUUUGCAAACCAGAAGAGAAGGAUUGUAUUUCAAGGAAAAGGACUACAAAUGUAUCCGGGCAGAUGACUAUUCUCUUUAUGCUAAGAAUGAAAACACUGGUGUGGUUGUUGUGAAGACCCAUCUGUAUCUUCUGGUGGCAACUUACACUGAAGGCAUGUAUCCUAGUGUUUGUGUGGAAGCCACAGAGAAGCUGGGAGAAUAUCUAAGAAGAAAAGGAAAUUAA